CUUCCAGCCGCCGUAGCUGUACAUACAACAAACACCUGCACAUUCGCAACCAUGUCUGGUAGCGUCGAGACAUCGUCCGCGUCCCAGCUGAGCCAGCUGAUCUCCUCUUCGCGCAUUGUUGUCCUCAACUUCUACAACGAGGACAACCAAUCGAGCAAGGCCAUUGCUCCGGUCUACGAUCAGCUCGCACAACAGCUCUCGAGAGCCAACAGAGUUACAUUUGCAAAGGUCAGCGUGAAGAAGCAGGCUCAGAUCGCCGAGAGCUACAACAUCACCAACACGCCCACCUUCGUAAUCUUCAAGAACGGCCAGCAAAUACGCAAGUUCAGCGGCUCGAACCCUCAACACCUUUCCGAUGCGAUCAAGAGCUUAGCACAAGAGGCCGAGUCUGACGGCGGCUCUGGAGGGUUUGGGGAGGCCAGCGGGAGUGGCGGUGGAGCCUGGAGAGGCGCAGGACUGCCACGAGGAUAUACAGACGUCACGGAGCAGGUCGACGUCCGAGGUCUGGAUCUGCUGAACGCCGAUAGCGACUUUGGCGGUGUACGCACACUCUUCGAAACCUCAAAGCCAAGCUCCUUGAGCAAGGGCAAGGGCAGCGCAGAUGCAAAGGACUGGGUGGAGAGCGAUGUCGACAAUCAGCUCAUGCUCUACGUACCAUUCACAUCGACCUUGAAGGUCCACACCAUCCAGAUUACCUCCAACCCGCCGGUCGACGAAGACGACGAUGAGAUCCCUGUGCGACCAAGAACAAUCCACAUCUGGACCAACCGCCAGCACAACCUGGGUUUCGAGGAGGCAGAGGACAUCCCAGCUACGCAGACCAUCGAGCUGAAGGAGUCAGACUGGGACCAGGAAACUGGUACAGCAAAGCUGGAGCUGCGCUUCGUCAAGUUCCAAAACGUCUACAGUCUUGUGAUCUUCGUGCAGGACGGUGACGGCGACAGCGAGAAGACGCGCAUAGACAGGAUCCGCUUUAUUGGCGAGAGUGGUGAGAAGAGGGACAUGGGCAAGCUCGAGAAGAUUGGCGACGACUCUUAAGGCAGUUAUCCACGGUGGAAGACAGACGAGUGCAUCUUGAGCGCGCAUGCUUCCAAGUAAUCAUUAAUGAGACCAAUGAACG